UAAGUGGAUUAACAGGAAAAUGCUGAUCAUAUUCCAUCUACUGCUGUUACUCAGAGCGGGACGAUCCAUCGAUGAUCAGAUCUUUGAGUCAAAGACUGUUGGGGUUGGAGAUGAUGUGAAGCUGACGUGUAUCCGCCAGACAUCUGAUUACGACAUCAGCUUAUUUUGGAUCAGGCUUGUUUCUGGGAAGUUCCCUGAAAUCUUGGGAGGAACAUUUGCAUUUGAUUAUGAUGGUGUUAAUGAGACUCCUCGCAUUACAGCAAAACAGGAGCCUGGAACUUUUAUUCUGUAUAUUAGUGAAGCAGAGCUAAGUGAUACUGGAGUUUACUACUGCAUGACAGUACAACAGAUUGACAUGAAAUUUGUAACAGGAACAUAUCUGAGAAUUAAAGGACCAGAACCUAAUAUCACUAUGGUCAUUCAAGUCCCUCCAUCCAAUCCAGUCCGUCCAGGAGAUUCAGUGGCUGUCCAGUGUUCAGUCCUCUCUGACUCUGAGAAGACAACAUGUCCAGGAGACCACAGUGUGUACUGGUUCAGAGCCGGAGCAGAUGAAUCUCAUCCCAGUUUAAUUUAUGCGCAUGGAAGCAGUGGUGAUCAAUGUGAAAAGAGUCCUGAGGCUCAGUCGACACAGAAAUGUGUCUACAACUUCUCAAAGAUCGUCAGCUCCUCUGAUGCUGGGACUCAUUACUGUGCUGUGGCCACGUGUGGAGAGAUAUUAUUUGGAAAUGGAAUGAAACUGGACAUUGAAGAAUUCAACAUGUGGGAUUUGCAGAAGGCCAGUACAGCUCUGUUAUGUGCUACUUUGGCUAUAAGUCUGAUUGUUAUUGCCUUCCUGAUUUAUAUCAUCAAGAAGAAAACUUGUGAUUGUUACAAAGCUGCAGAUGCUGCAACAGGCAGUGGUUACCAGCGAAGUCAGCAGAGAGAUGAAGCCUCAUUGGUUUAUUCUGCUGCAACCUUCACCAAGAGGAAAGCUGGCAAAGCAGAGAGAAGGAAAGAAAAAACGGCCGAGGGAGAGACAGUCUACACUGACGUCAGGACUUUUGUGACAGAUUAACAAUCCAGUCAGUUGUCUUGCUUAUUAAAGGAGCUAUUUGUAAGUUUUGCUAUUGCUACAUAGCCAGCGUUAGUAUUAACAGCUGUUUACUUGCUAGUCUUCUGGAGAGCUUCAGCCAUUGUUGCGCUUACAACACAAGAAGUUAUAAUACGUCCUCUGAGCAGUGCUACUUCUUCAGGGCAGACUGGACGCUACAGGGACUCAGUAUCAGAAAGUGACGAGACGGUCUGACCACACCAUGGCUAGCUAGUUAGCAUGCUAACUUCAGUAGUUUUAAGCCACAUUUUUAAGAUUUUUUUACACCUUGGUUGUUUUCAUCUAUGUAGUUUAACCAGAUAAAGGAUUUUAGUCAUCGGUCAUCUGUUUGGCAGCUCAGAUCCCAGCCCCUCCGACACGUCCUGUGUCCGCCAAGGAGCGUCGGUGAAUUAGUGAUUUUUAAUGUGAAACUGCUUUAUUCGUUGUUUCUAACAGUUUAAAUUCCCUGGCCCGUUUGUUAUGGAGGAGGACGCCUCUGCGGAUAAUUCGGCUCCUAGUAAAAACCUCCUGACCAACUGACACUGAAGGAAUCCUAAGUGGGAGAAGCUUAUAAUGGUGGUGAAGACUACAACUCCCAUGAUCCCACGCUAUUUCACAUCACUGUGGCCUCUUUGUACCUUAUUUACAAGAAACAUAUUAAACAAUCUUUCUAAUGCCAAACUGUUUCUGCUGGCAGGAUCUGUUACUAUUAUAUAUAUAUAUAUAUAUAUGCUAUUUAUUGAAAUAACAAUAUAAAGAAAAUCAACAAUUUUUCUUUUCUCAUGUUUCAUAGUUUCUGCUGUACGAAUGAAAAAUGCAAGUUUGUUUGUUUUUCCACACAAAAGACACAGAUCUCCCCUGCAGCUGUGAACUCAAGAGCAUGAUAGACUUUUACAUAUCGUGGGUGUGACUAACAUGUUACCAGUUUUUCUUUAUCUUCUUUUCUCUUCUAUUUCCCUGACU